AUGGCCAGCCUCAAGCGCAAGGCCGAGCCCGUGUCAGGGUCUCUCGGCGACCAGAAAAAGCCCAAGAAAGACGGUAGCCUGACGUCGUUCUUCGGCGCACCGAAGCCUGCCCCUUCCACAACCGCUGCCUUGAAUGGCACCUCUGCGCCUGCCGCCGCCGCUCCGAUCAAAUUCGACAAGGAGAAAUGGGUCGCCGGCCUCACUGUCGAGCAGAAAUCGUUACUCAAGCUCGAGAUUGACACGCUUGACUCCUCAUGGCUGGCACACCUCAAGGAAGAAGUCACGUCAAGCAGCUUUCUCGAGCUGAAGAAGUUCAUACAGAAGGAAAUCGAUUCUGGGAAGAAGAUCUUUCCCCCACUGGAAGAGGUCUACAGCUGGUCGCGUCACACACCACUGCAUAACGUCAAGGUCGUUGUCGUAGGACAAGAUCCUUAUCACAACCACAAUCAGGCUCAUGGUCUCUGCUUCUCCGUCCGACCUCCUACCGUUGCCCCGCCCUCUCUCGUCAACAUCUUUGCUGCUUGCGAGAAAGAUGUACCGGGCUUCAAACGUCCCCCGAACAAGGGUGGAUUGCUAACUCCCUGGGCCGACCAAGGCGUUCUACUUCUCAACACGGUUCUGACCGUUCGCGCACACGAGGCGAACUCGCAUCAAGGAAAAGGCUGGGAGAAAUUCACACAGAAAGUCAUCGAUACAGUGGUCAAAGUCCGCCAGAGAGGCGUUGUCUUCCUCGCCUGGGGCAAGCCCGCACAGAAGCGCGUCGAAACGAUCAAGGGUGCGAAGCAUAUUGUCCUGAAAGGCAUUCAUCCCAGUCCACUUGCCGCCCGAGCUGGAAACUUUGCAGACUGCGGACACUUCAAAGAGGCCAACGAGUGGUUGAGAGAGCGAUAUGGCGUUGAAGGUGAGGUUGACUGGAACCUGGCGGCAGAAAAGCAGAAGCCGAUUAAAGGACCCGGUACCCAGCAGCCUAUCAAGGCAACGGAAGAUCAGGAGACGAAGCCGAAGGAGGAAGGUCCGGUCACAGAGCUAGCAGGAGAGCCCGCGACAACUACAGAUGAUUUUGACGAUGAUCUUGACGCGAUCGAGGCAAUUGAGGAGAUGGCAAAGAGUAGCCAGGUCGAUGGGGAGGACAAGGAGAACAAAUGA